CUCACACGCACCCCGCGCUGGGUCCUAACGCCGGCCCCUCCCUGCCAGCGUCCCCGGCUCCGUCGGCCGGAGCAGCUGCUUCUCAUUCCCGCCGAGCUGGCCCGAGUCCCUUCGGGUCGGCCAGGCCUGCUUGUGCGAGAGGCGUGAGGACCCCCGAGCGACUCCGGUGCGGAAGCCAGCCCGAGCGUCCUCAGUUUCCUCAAAAUGGAUGAAUGGCAUAAGCUAGCAAGGAAAUUGCUAGCAAUGACAUAAACUGCAUAGGACUAAUUGAACUCUCCAUCACCAGAGAUACUCCAUGUCAGUGCUGUCCCUCACAGGUCUUCUGACCUGCCUGCAGCACCAUGGAGGUGGAGUCUCCUGAGUCCAGAGCCCCAGCACCUGGCUACAAGCGUUCCGGUCGCAGAUAUAAGUGCCUAUCCUGCACCAAGACAUUUCCAAAUGCACCCAGGGCAGCACGACAUGCUGCCACCCAUGAGCCCGCAGACUCUGUGGAACAGGCAACUGAAGAGACGCUGAAGCCAGAGCCAGAGCCCAAAGCGGAGGAGGCCAGUGGGGACAAAGUGUCAGAUGCCGCAGCUAAGCCCCGUCCUUAUGCAUGUCCCCUGUGCCCCAAGGCCUACAAAACUGCCCCUGAGCUGCGAAGUCAUACGCGGAGCCACACGGGUGAGAAGCCCUUUUCUUGCCCGGAGUGUGGUCGCCGUUUCAUGCAACCAGUGUGCCUGCGUGUACACUUGGCUUCCCAUGCAGGCGAGCUUCCCUUCCGCUGCUCCCACUGCCCCAAGGCCUAUGGGGCACUCUCCAAGCUCAAGAUCCACCAGCGUGGGCACACGGGUGAGCGGCCAUACACCUGUGCUGACUGUGGCAAGAGCUUCGCAGACCCAUCGGUCUUUCGCAAACACCGACGCACCCACGCGGGCCUGCGGCCAUAUGGCUGCGAGCGCUGUGGCAAGGCUUAUGCAGAACUCAAGGAUCUACGCAACCACGAGCGGUCCCACACGGGCGAGCGGCCCUUCCUCUGCUCCGAGUGCGGCAAGAGCUUCUCGCGCUCGUCCUCGCUCACCUGCCACCAGCGCAUCCACGCGGCGCACAAGCCCUACCGCUGCCCGGCCUGCGGCAAGGGCUUCACGCAGCUCAGCUCGUACCAGAGCCACGAGCGCACGCACUCGGGCGAGAAGCCCUUCCUGUGCCCGCGCUGCGGCCGCAUGUUCUCGGACCCGUCGAGCUUCCGGCGCCACCAGCGGGCGCACGAGGGCGUGAAGCCGUACCGCUGCGAGAAGUGCGGCAAGGACUUCCGACAGCCGGCCGACCUGGCCAUGCACCGGCGGGUGCACACCGGGGACCGGCCCUUCAAGUGCCCGCAGUGCGACAAGACCUUCGUGGCGUCCUGGGACCUCAAGCGGCACGCGCUGGUGCACUCGGGCCAGCGGCCCUUCCGCUGCGAGGAGUGCGGGCGCGCCUUCGCCGAGCGGGCCAGCCUCACCAAGCACAGCCGCGUGCACUCGGGCGAGCGCCCGUUCCACUGCAACGCCUGCGGCAAGUCCUUCGUGGUGUCGUCCAGCCUGCGCAAGCACGAGCGCACGCACCGCAGCAGCGAGGCCGGCGCGGCGCCCCCGCAGCCGGAGCUGGUGGUGGGGCUGGCGCUGCCGGUCAGCGUGGCCAGCGAGGGCUCGGCCGCGCCCGCCGCCGCCGGCGUGGGGCUCGGGGACCCGCAGGCGGGGCUGCUCGGACUGCCCCCCGAGUCGGGCGGUGUGAUGACCACGCAGUGGCAAGUGGUGGGCAUGACGCUGGAGCACGUCGAGUGCCCCGACGCGGGGGUGGGGGUGGGAGAGGCCCCUGGCCCCCUGGGGGAGGCCGGUGAGGUAGGGGGUGAGGAGGUCGACGAGAAGGCCCCCCAGUUUGCCUGCCGCGAGUGCAAGGAGACGUUCUCCACGCAGACGCUGCGGCGGAGGCACGAGCGCUCCCACCCGGAGCUGCGGCCCUUUCCCUGCACCGAGUGCGGCAAGAGCUUCUCUGACCGCGCAGGGCUGCGCAAGCACAGCCGCACUCACAGCACUGUGCGCCCCUACCCGUGCCCCCACUGCCCCAAGGCCUUCUUGAGUGCCAGCGACCUGCGCAAGCACGAACGCACCCACCCCGUGACCGUGGACACUUCCACGCCCCUCGAGCCUCUUGUGGCCCUGCUAGAGAUGACUGAAGAUGGACCUGCCUGAGGCCCUGCCGCCACACUCCCAGAGGCUCAGCACCCCAGGGGCCUCUCAAACGUCCUCUGCCCCUAACUCACUCGAGACUAGAUAGAUUCCCACUCCCCAUCCCAGGCAGCGAGCUCCCUUGGCCCAACCAGAGCAAGGAUCAGGAGGCUGGCAGCAGCCGCUGAGAAACCUAGUUCCUUCAAGCAAACACUCAUUAAAGUCACACUUCCAUA